AUGACUUUGCCGAGUCCAGAUCUACAGAGUGAAGAUCAGGAUAAAUGCGCCAAAUGUGAUGUCCAUGCACACUGUGAAAAUGGAAAAUGCGUCUGUGAUGGUGGUUAUUAUGGGGAAGGAAUUCGAGGAGAAUGUUUCCGUGUUGGAGCGUCCAAUCCGCGAUUCUGUGUUCCUAAUCCGUGUAAACAUGGUGGAUCGUGUUUCGAAGAGCCUAAUGGUCAUCGGUGCCUCUGCGCUUCUGGUUACGAAGGAGAAAACUGUGAGCUCUCCGUCGGUAAGUCUGUACAAUCAUCUCGAUACUUGCUUCACACAUCGGCUCUUUAUUUUUUCAAACUUCUUACUGUCCAGAACUACACAGAUUCUAACCAGCGAAAAUUAAGGAAUCACCUUAAUAAUCAUAUAGAUGAAAUACGUUUUCCAUUUACUGAUCAAUCUCAUCUAGCUACACGACAAAAAUGUGAUUUCAAAUGUGAUUUUUUUUUCUUUUUUUCCUCAGAGGAUAAAUGCGCCAAAUGUGAUGUCCAUGCACACUGUGAAAAUGGAAAAUGCGUCUGUGAUGGAGGUUAUUAUGGGGAAGGAAUUCGAGGAGAAUGUUUCCGUGUUGGAGCGUCCAAUCCGCGAUUCUGUGUUCCUAAUCCGUGUAAACAUGGUGGAUCGUGUUUCGAAGAGCCUAAUGGUCAUCGGUGCCUCUGCGCUUCUGGUUACGAAGGAGAAAACUGUGAGCUCUCCGUCGGAGCAGCUCCGCCUUCACAUAAAACACCAGACCCUUGCGCAGGUGCGCCGUGUAAGAAUGGAGGGAGCUGCGUUCCAAAAGGAACCAAAUUCCAGUGUCUGUGCUCCAAAGGAUUCCAAGGACCGACAUGCGAGGCAGCAGCGAAGUCAUACUGCCAUCCUAACCCAUGUUUGCAUGGCGGAAAAUGUAUCGACGGCAAAAAUGGUUACACUUGUUCAUGCAUCGGUUCUUACAGGGGAUUUAACUGUGAAGUGGAUGACUGUGACCAGUGCGAUAUACACGCCAUAUGUGUACAAGGAGCGUGUAGAUGUAGAGUUGGCUACAAAGGCGAUGGUUUCGAGUGCGAAAAGGUGAAACGAUGCCAUCACUGCAGUCCCAAUGCAACCUGCAUAAGUAAUGAAUGUGUCUGCAAGCCAGGAUUUAUUGGCAACGGAAAGCAAUGCCGUGUGGAUAACUGUCAAGGGUGCCCACCUCAUUCGCACUGUCACCAAGGAAUCUGCAUUUGUAUAUCAGGAUUCACUUUUAACGGCCACCGUUGUGUUGCGGUUUCGCCGAAACCAACAGCGUCACAUUGCCCUGCGGAAUGUGGUCCAGCCUCAAAGUGUCCAUUAAUUUGCCCAAGCCAUUGCUGUAAACCUCCUGAACAUCACGUGGUGGGAAACUGCCCAGAUAUUUGCCACCUAAGUUGUGAACCGGCUUGUCCUGAACAUUGCUGCGAGCAACUCCAUUAUCUUGUUCCGUCAUCAUCACCUCCGACCUGUCCGUCUGAAUGUCACACAAGCUGUCACCAAUCAUGUCCAAUACAUUGUUGCAAAGCUCCCAAACCAUCCGCAAACGCUUGUCCAAGUUACUGCCAAACCAGCUGUGCUCCAUCUUGUCCCAGUCAGUGUUGUACAGCAAAGUUUCUUCCCACGGUGGAACCUACACAGGCUUCAUGCAGCUCAGUCUGCAAGACAAACUGUCUUCCUACUUGCCCAAAGUAUUGCUGUAAUUUAAAAAUCGUUGCACUAUCCACAUGUCCAGGUAAAUGCAAAGGAGUAUGCGGUCCGCCUUGUCCUAUGCAGUGCUGUUCAUCGCUGCCAAUAUCCACACAGCAUCCAAUAUUACCAAAACAAUCUUGCCCAUCCACAUGUAAAGCGAAUUGCCUUCCCUCCUGUCCCUCGUAUUGCUGCAAGAUAUCACAGGCGUCUUUAACUGGCUGUCCUAGUACUUGUAUCAUUAGUUGUGUUCCCACUUGUCCACAACAUUGUUGUGGGCUGCCGUAUCUUCCCAGAUCGUCAGCAUCGCCAUCAGACGUUUGCCCGUCGCAGUGCGCAUAUCACUGUGACAGUUUGUGUCCAUCACAUUGCUGUUCCAGUAAACCAGAACAGCCACCAAUGCAGAUGACAACUGGUAGUGCAGUAGUUUUCCAAGAAACGAACCCAACAACGCCGUCUUCUCUAGUUAAACCAUGCCCAACUUAUUGCUCGUCCUUUUGCACUCCAACCUGCCCAUCAUACUGCUGCAAGCGAAAUGAAUUAUCUCCGUAUUUAGUCAAAUUACCAGAAGAAACGGUUUCGCCAUUUGGAAGGUCUUUGACUGAUCACAAUGAAGAAUAUAAGGAGAAAAUGAUCCACCAUAUUUCUGAAUUGCUCUCUAGUCCUUUAACAAAUUGCCAGCUGUCUUGCUUCUCGCAUUGCUCAGACUCCUGUCCUAAAACAUGUUGUGAUGUUAGGAAGAAAAGGAAAAUGUACGUCUUUAAGCGCAAAAAGAAAACGCGUAUCACCAGGCCUCAAACAAACGAGUAGCGUAAAAAUAGGAAGAUCGUCCCAAGGAGACCUUCUAAAGUAGCGUUCUGGAGUGCCACAAUUGUAUAUACUUUUUGACACAGUAUAGCUUCGCAACGACCCCGUUUACUUAAACCUUAAAUAGCUUUAGCAGAUGUUAAGGCAAUGUUGGUUUACUUAAGGUUUUUGGUGUAUUGAAGAGGCUGAAUUACCAAUGCUUGUUGACUUGAAAAUUCCCAUAAAGAGGCUGCAGGGUGAAAUUCAACCUAAGCCUUCUGGCUGCUACUUUUUUUAGACUUUCAUAACCUUCACACGCCUAGUUCAAUGGUGUGAACUACAGUCAUAAGAUGCUGUCUGACAUUCUUUUAAAAAGGCAGUACAACAAUUAAUUUCUCAUGAACAAUGCAGUUGUAAACAAGUUUCACGAAAAGUGCUUUGCUUAAACAUGAAUACUGAGAUCUUGUUUUGGUGCUAAUGUGAAAGCAGUAUAUUUUUGAAAGUA